AUGUGGUCCACCGCCGCCUCUUGGGUCGCCCUAUUUGCGUUGACCGCAGCCCUCACCCGAUACUACAAUCCGGACCUGUUCAAUAAACUUACUGGCCAGGCUUUUACACGAGGACCACAACCGCCACAAGAGUCGGAGAGGCAUGCUGCUAAGCGGCAGAAAGCGAAGCGGACACAUGCCAGUCGACUGGAGACCAGCAACAGCGGCACGUCUACCCCGACCAGUGCUCCUGAAGCUAAGGCCAACAAGAGAAGGAAGCUCAUCUCCCCUUCCAUUGAGGACAAGGUGGUUGCCCAGACUGCUGAGGGCCAACGAGUCACUCUGCCCCGAGAUGAGGAGGACGAGUUGAGCAACAAAGAAUUCGCUCAACAGCUCGCCAAAGCGCAGGCUGGCACCAAAUUGGAGCCCGCCAAGUCGCAGGGAGCAACCAAGAAAGAGCGACGCGCUGUCGCCAAGGACUCGACUGGGAAACAAAAUGGCCUGGAAGCUUCAGGACUUUCCACCGAGACCUCUUCCACCACCGGCCGUGAUGCAGACGACGACCUCUCUCCCAUUGGAUCUCCCUCCACCGGUCCCGUGUCGACUGCGCCCACCUCGCGGGCUGGUGACGUGUCGGACAUGCUAGAGACCCCAGCAGCCAAACCUGGUAUUCUGAGGUUGACAGAUGUCAAGAGUGAGGGUCCAAGGGCAUCAGCGGGCUCCUCGAAAGCCGCCUUCCAACCUGCCUUGACCAAGAAACAGAGACAGAGACAGGCCAAGGCAGCGGAGCAGAAGGCUUUGAGAGAGGCGUCUGACCUCAUCCACGAGCAAAAGAAACAAGCACAAUUGCGGACUGCCAGAAUGGCCGAAGGAAGCUCGAACCAAACCAAGGCAAAUUCGUUCACGGCGAAGCAGAAUGCCUGGCAGACUGCGAAGCCGGCCCCAGAGAAGUCAGCCCAGACCACCGAAGUUGCGCCUCUCCUCGAAACCUUUGAAAAGCCAGAGCUACCCACUGUCACCGUAAAUGAGUCUGUCAAGGCAGAACCGCUGUCGAACGUCACCAACUCUGUCCCAGAUAGUGCCACCAUCAACUCAGUCAAACAAGACGUUGGCGAAGGGGAAACUCAUGCGUUGGGAGCAUCAGACCGAGAGAAACUCGCUAGGCCCGUCCUUGGUAGCCGACCAAGUUGGGCUGAUGAAGUCAACGAGGAGGAGCAAGACAAGUGGGCAAACGAGCUUGCACAAGAAGAGAAAUGGGAGUCGGUGACCAACAAGAAAGGCAAGAAGAAGGCGAAGAAGGAUAUAAAUGACACCAGCAGUGAAGCAAGUUCUUCGGUUGCCAGACCUGUGGCAAACAACCACCCCGUCAUCAACGGCAGUCGAUCGAAUGGGAUCAAACCAGGCGUGGAGAACCCGAAUCGAUUCCAAUCCAUCGAGCCGGUGACAGAUCCGACGUUCAAGGAUGCCGAAUGGGAGGCUUGA